GAAGGCCUGUAGGGCCUUGGCCGGUAGCGGGACGGAUGAAGGGUGGUACUAUAGUGCCCGUCGCUUCUUUGCGCCUCAGACUUGAUGGGCUGUGAGCGCAGUCCCGUCCCGAUCCCGAUUCCCCGGGCGCUUUGAGAUCUCCGGCUUUUCUUCCGGAUGAGAUCCCCCCGGCCGUUUGGUUGCCGUCUCCGGUUAUGAAAUUUUUGGUCAUUUGUAAAUUUGGGUCUUGAAAGCAUUUGGUAAAUUUCCUGGAAUAGCCGGAUGAGGAUGGGAAAGGCCGCGCUUGUUGGGAAAGGAGAGACAGAUUUCUUUUCUGAUCUAAGGAGACUAACCUGUCAAAAAUGACUGAUUUAACCAAGACAGAGGAACAGGAAGCAGAGAAGAGUUUGACUGAAGAAGUGGAGAAAACACCCUGUACUUCAGAAGCAGAUUCAAGUAUUGGUUGUGAAGGCAAUAGUUCGACUUCAGGUACAGUGCAGUCCACUGAAAAUGAGAAAGAAGUUGAUAGUGGUAAUCAGCAUGGCAGAAAAAGGAAGAAUUUAGAUCCUGAAGAUGAACCUCCUAAGAAAACAGGGGAGGUAGGCCAUGGACAAGCAGUUGCUGCACAUUAUAACGAACUUCAAGAAGUUGGAUUAGAAAAACGUAGCCAAUCUCGCAUAUUCUACCUCCGAAACUUUAAUAAUUGGACAAAGAGUGUCCUCAUUGGUGAAUUUAUAGACCGGGUACGGCAGAAAAAGAACGACGUAACUGUUUUGGAUCUAGGAUGUGGCAAAGGUGGAGACUUACUGAAAUGGAAAAAAGGCAGAAUUAAAAAACUUGUCUGUACUGAUAUUGCUGACAUUUCCGUGCAACAGUGCAAGCAGCGAUACGAAGACAUGAAAGCCCGAUGUCGUUACAACGAGCAUAUUUUUGAUGCAGAAUUUAUACAGGCAGAUAGCACCAAGGAUCUCUUGUCUACCAAGUACCAUGAUCCAUCUAUGCGCUUUGAUAUCUGCAGCUGUCAGUUUGUUUACCAUUACUCAUUUGAGACAUAUGAACAAGCUGACAUGAUGCUUAAAAAUGCUUGUGGGAACCUCUCUCCUGGAGGGUAUUUCAUUGGCACAACUCCAAAUAGCUUUGAACUUGUAAAACGACUUGAAGCUUCAGAAACAAAUUCAUUUGGGAAUGAGGUGUACAGUGUAAAAUUUGAGAAGAAGGGAGACUAUCCUUUGUUUGGCUGCAAGUAUGAUUUCCACUUGGAAGAAGUAGUUGAUGUCCCUGAGUUCUUGGUUUACUUUCCAUUACUGGAAGAAAUGGCAAAGAAGCAUGGUAUGAAAUUAGUCUACAAAAUGACAUUUCGGGAAUUCUAUGAAGAAAAAAUCAAGAAUGAGGAGCAUAAAAUGCUCUUAAGAAGAAUGCAGGCUUUGGAGCCAUAUUCUACAUUUGGUGAUUCCAGGCUUGUUUCUGAUAAACCUGAUGAUUAUGAGCAUGCAAAAGAAUUCAUCAAAGAUGGCAAAGCGAAGUUACCAUUGGGAACUUUGAGUAAAUCUGAAUGGGAAGCAACAAGUAUUUACUUGGUAUUUGCAUUUGAGAAGCAACUGUGAAACUUCACGUACUGGAUGCAGCAAGAAGAGAUCAUAUCCAUGCACAAGCUGGAAUGGUCAGAAAUCUGUUGUGGCAACUAUUUUUUUUAUUUUUUAAUUAUCAGAAGUGUGCAGGACACUACCAAAAACUAGAGCAAGCUCAUGAUUCUGAAUUACAUUGCCUGUCUGUGACAGAUGGACUUGUGUGUGUAUAUAUAAGAAAGAUUCUGAAACAGUCUUUUUAAGCAUUUGUAAGAAAUCUGCAUGCUCUCGAAGCUCCUGUUUGAACUUGACACAACUUUGUUAGAAACAAAUCUUUUGUUAGUAGAAGUAUGUUUGUGAUUACAAGCCUGACCCUGCACUUUCUGAAACUGAUGGAAAAAAUGAUUGUUGAUUUUCAUGGUGCAGAAUGAGGGCCUAAAUAUUUUACUGCAGAGCUCAGCUAAUUCAUAAUGAGAUAUAUACAGACAUGUAGGGUAUGUCUACAUUGCAUGCAGAGCUGAGUGGCAAAUAAUACCUGAGUAGGUUUGAGUACCUCUGUGCUGUGCUCGAGCCUGCAGUGUAAAUCUACCUUAGUGGUAUUCAAGGUGUAGUUUACAUGGUAAAGUCCCACAAUGUCCUUGUUUUUUGUGCUUGCUGAUAUGUAGUGUCACUUCAUGGUGCUUUCAAAAUUAAAUGAGUUUGUUCUGUACAAAACUGCUCUGAAAGAACUAAAUUUCUAGUUUUUGAUCUCUGUGUUAUUUUUCCAAAUACGACUGUGUGGUGAUCAAUAACAACUGCUGACCUUAGAUUACUGAACAUUUUCUGUUAUAUUAAAGACUUUCCUGUUUUUUUUGGUAGUUUUAAUGUCUCCUGAAACUUAUUAGACAGAUCUUCUGAAACAAGUAAAAAACAUCCUAAAAUUCCAGAUGGGCUUGGCAGAAGGGUGAGCUGUUGGUGGUGACAAGGACCUCACUGCAGUUCCUAAGGCGUUAGAACAUGGUCAUGUACUGGAUCAUGAACUGACUGGAUCAUGAACCGAAUGGGGAGCCUGUGUAACAUUUGGGAAUACUAGAAACUCACUUUGGGAGGGAGGGCUGUGUAUCUGUGCACACACCCUGAUGCAUGUGGAUAAAUAACAGUCCCCAAAUUAGAGCCAAAUACUUUGGGAAUGUAAUGAUAUCAAUAGGCAGAACUGUGCCUAACUACCAUCUUAAAUGCCCUUAACAGUUUCUUAGAGAUGGCAUAGGCAUUUCUGACAGGGUGUUUGCUCUGCUUUCCACAUGCUUAUAGCCACCCACUACUGAGAGGGUGUAGGUACUUUGUGGCUUUUCUCUCCUUUCUCGGGCUCGCCAGUGGUAGCUGUUUGCUGCUGUUGGCCAGUAUAGUUUACAUAGAGAUGAAAAGAUGAUGGUACAUGAAUACUUUGAAAAGUUAUACUAAACCUAGGAAGGAACAUUUCUGUUACAGGAUUAAGUGUUAGAGUUACUUUGAGUUCAUCGUUGGAUUGUCCUUCUGCUGUAAUUAGGUCAUACUCUGUCCUCCAUGACUUGUGGUUUAUUCUUUUCUUUAUUGUAUAGAAGAACACCUUUGACCUUCACCAAAGCAGUAGAAACACCGUCAGUUCUGCUGCUGAAAUUAACAAAACAACUCUUUCUUGUCUGCUAGAAUUAGUACUAGUGAAACUAACUGAAAAAUGCUGAUGCUGUGCUGAAGUGUUUCUCUGAAAUUUGUGAGUCAAAGCUAGUUUUGUUAGAUUUCUUGUAUCAGAUUUCAUUUGAAAGUACAUUGUUAUGCUAUUUUUGGAAGAAAUAAUAAUAAAGAGAGGGGAAAUACA